AUGGCGCGGGAGGAGCGGAGGGGGCGGGAGCGGGAGGCCCCGAAGCCCUCGGAGAAGCCGCGGGAGCGGGAGCGGGAGCGGGAGAAGGAGCGGGAGCGCGAGCGAGACCGCGAGCGCCCGCGGGAGAGGGAGAGGGAGCGGGAGAGGGAGCGGCCGCGGGACCGGGAGAAGGGGCGGGAGGCGCGCGAGCGGGACAGAGAGCGAGAGCCAGCAGCAGCGGGGCUGCUGCAGCUCGACCCCGCAGCCACCAAGGCCGCGCGCGAACUCUACAUCGGAAACCUCCCGCCCAACGUCGAAGUCCCGCAGCUCCUCGAGUUCCUCAACGCCGCCAUGGCCGCCGUGGGGGGGGGCCUCCUCCCGGGGCCCCCCGCGGUGAAGGCCUGGCGCAGCAGCGACGGCCACUACGCCUUUGUGGAGUUCAGAACUAUGGAGGAAGCUUCGAAUGCAAUGCAGCUGAAUGGCCUGAGUUGCUUGGGGUUCAACUUGCGGAUAGGGCGGCCCAAGACUUACCCGCUGGAGCUGCAGCACAUCGUGCCUGCGCCCACGAUCCCGCUGCUGAACCCUGCUGCUGCAGUCGCCAGCGCCAUCGUGUCGCAGAUCCAGCAGCAGCAGCAGCAGCAGCAGCAGCUCCUCGCCGACGCUGCUGUCGCCGUCAACCCCAAGGCCGCCCUCGAGGCCGCCCAGGCCGCCGCCAGGGCCGCCCAGAACGCCAACGGCGCCGACGGGCCUCCGCAAACGGACAAGCUCUGCGUCUUGGGGCUCCCGGCCUCAAUGCCGGAGGAGAAGAUUCGGCAGCUGGUUGAAACUUUCGGUCCGCUGAAGUCGUUUGACAUUCUCAAGAAGGACACCGACGAUUCACAGCUGGUGUGCGUGAUCGAGUACACGGAUCCGGACUCGCAGCAGCAGGCGAUGGAGAUUCUGCACACGAAUUCGCCCUACCGAGUGGUGACAGCCGAAAACGCCAUCAAUGAAGGUGCAGUUUCAUCUUUUUUGAAAGACAAAAUUUCCGUCGCAGGCACAGAAAAGGCCCCCCCGCUGCUGCGGCCGCAGGUCUGCACGAGGGUCCUCGUGCUGCACAACAUUGUCACUCCUCAGGAGCUGCAAGACGACGAAGAGUACUCGGAUAUUGUCGAAGACAUUCGGCUGGAGUGCGAAGAGUGCGGGGGGAGAGUUGUGGACCUCCAGGUGCCUCGGAUUUGCAAAGAUCCUUGUUUAGAUCCGCGGCACUUGCACGAGGAGUGUGGGGUGAGCGAUCCCGCGAGCGAUGGCGCGAGCGACCCCGUGAGCGACCGCGCGAGCGACCCCGCGAGCGACCCCAAGCCCGAGUCGCCGCCGCACAGAGUCAAGAGGGAGGAGGGAGACGCCAGCAGCAGCAGCAGCAACCAGCAGCAGCAGCAGCAGGACGCCGCCAAGGACGAGGCCCUCAAGGCGCCCAAAAAGGAAGACACUGCAGCAGCAGCAGCAGCAGCAGCAGCAGCAGAUGAGGAAGGCGAAGUGACUGAACAAAUGGUGAUGGAUGCAAUUCAAGGAAAGACAAAAGUCCUUCCCCCCAUGGUCGGCUACGCCUACGUCGCCUUCAUAGACUGCGAGGCCUCAGCAAGCGCAAGAAAGGUAC